UCACUCUGGGUCGCCGGCUCUUAUGGGCCACGAUAUUGUCAACUUUCAAGUGGCUUUCCGAAGGGCAUUUGCUGGACGCUUCUACGCAUUGACGAAGAAGGGGUACAUUGGACUUGUUCCGUACGCAACUACUUCGGAAGCCCGCGUAGCGACCAUGCCUGGAGGCAAAGGGCCUUACAUUCUAAGCCAGGUACCAUCUACGGUCCUUAUGCAUGAGGAGGGAUGGGAUGGGAAUAGGUUGGCGACAAUUGUUGUAGUGUGACACAUUGAUUAUCUGAGGUC